AUGGUGACAAAUCCAUUUUUUGGCCUUGCAUUUGAUAUUGAUCAACUACGUAAACUAGCUUUGACUCAGCCUGAGGCAAUUAAAAAUGCUGGAGUUAUUGUGGCUCAUGUUGAAAACCCAAUGCGAUUACCAAAAAAUAUGGAGAUUAAUUCACAAGACAUACUUGCAGAUGUUGAUGAAAUAUUAAUGGAAUUUAUGGAACCAAAGAAGCAAAAUAUGCUUUUGGAUUCAAUGUCACCCUAUGACCGCGUUAAUUAUGAUGAACAACAAAGCAUGACAAUAAGACAUUCAAUUUUAAUUGACAAGGAGACACCUAUGUACAAAAUUGAAAACUAUACUAGCGGUUUACUAAUUUUUACUGAUUAA